AUGGUUUGGCUGGUGGUGGCCAUCGCCCGGCUGCAGUCCUUUGUCAGGUUCAACCUCAACGCACAGGUCGAGCAGCCCUCCGACGUCGCCGCCACCUCCCUAGAGCUCCUGUUGCCCCUGGCGCGCUUUCUCUGUGAGCAAGAUUAUGCGACCCGGACCCGAGGACACUUCUUCAUGUCUGUUGACCUGUUCCUCUUCUGCUACCUGACUUCCAUCUUGCUGUUGAGGAAGAGUGGCACGGACCCAUGCGCCAUCACGGGCCGUCAUUACCUCAGCCUGCUGAAGGAGGGAGGGCUCAAGGGCGCUGCGGGAGUGGCUCAGGAGGGCGAGGUUGAGGUCAACGGCAGUGCUGAGGUUGCUGCCGGGAAGGGCCUUAUCUCUGAGAUUUUUCACCGCCACUAUCCGAG